AUGGAUUCUACAUGGAAUACUAAUGGUUCACGAUUUGAAUUGUUCGCUAUAUUAGGAGAGGCCUACAGAUCCGGUCUGCCACUCGGGUAUCUGCUUGUACAAUCUAGCGCUGACGCGGAGCAAGGAGCAAAGCAGGACGUACUGGAACAAUUUCUUCAUCAGCUGCGAUCACAAUGGAACCUCCGUAUCAUUAUUACCCUGUCUGACAAAGACUGGAGUGAGAUCAAUGCCCUCCGCAGAAUAUUUCCAGAUGCAAAGCAUCAGCUUUGCUUCUGGCAUGCACUGCGGGCCAUCAAGACACGGCUCUCAAUCCUCCGACGGAUGCCGGCACACUACGACAUUGAAGAGGCUCACCAGGAAUUCACUUUCAUUGAUGUGGACUUUCUUCCUGUGUCCCAACGCCAACCGUCGAGCACCCAAUACCAGCCAAGGAAGACUGCACUCCCCCAGCUCCAGUUCCGCAUCAACGGUGUACUUCAGCCGCUGGUUCCUCAGGAGCAUCGGUUGAUGUUGCGAUUACCAAGACGACCAACCAUCAGGAGCGAAGAUGUAGUGCACGUAGAGAUUGCAUCUGGAUCAGGCACGAGUUCUGAAGAAGAAGACAAUUCGGAAAGUGACGCUGCUGCAGAACAGAGUCUGCAGCAGCAUCACCACUCGAAUGUGAUGGAAGACAUUGGUGAAGAUAUUGGUGAUGGUGCAGACAGUGGGGAUAUAAGAGACGAUGUCAAUGGUAAGUCUGAUGAAGAUGAGACUGACGCAGAGGAUGCACCAGAUUGGGUCUUCGACAUGGGUGAGAAAAAAUCUGCCGACCCGACGUACGUGUUUUGUCCUGCGCCACACCGCAAGGCUCUCCUGCAUCUAUUCACCAAACACUUCUGUCAGCACCCCUUGUUCAUCGAACGUGAUGGCAAAUCACACACCUCUGAACAAAUUCGCCGUGAUGCUGUCUACGAGAUGUAUCUCUUCUGUCAGAUUCGUGGUCUCACUGAGGUCUGGGCGUACAUGUGGACUUCCUGGUAUUCUCACCGGCGGUGGCAUCUGUGGGCCCGAUCGACGACGCCAUGGAUUUCUCGGGCUCGCACGACCAUGAACACCGAAAACCACUUCAAGCAAGUCAAGCAUGACUUUCUUCCACACCUACUUAGACCUCGACUGGAUCAGCUAAUCUGGAUCUUGAGCACAAAGGUUGUCCCUGCAUACAUGAAGCGAGCUCAAGAACUCGAGGACACUUACCGCAUCGGUCGCUCGAAAAAACUCACCUCCUAUCAGAUCAGAUUCAAAAAAGCAUGGCGGACUCUCGAAAAGAAACCUAUCAGCAACUCAGGCAUUGAUUACCAUGUGAACGUGGCAACAUGGACAUGUGGUUGUGGGAAUCAAAAAUACAAUGCAUACCACCUGUGCAAGCACCUGGUACAAGCCGUCGUGAAACCACCCCCUCGCUUCUUUCGUCAAGUGGUCCGUCGCAGGACCAUCCCUAUCUACUGUCAUCCUGACCUGCGCCCGAAGAUGCUUGAGGGACAAGACGUCACCCCAGAACCUGCGGAGGCCAGCGACGGCUCGAUCACUGAUGGCGAUGAUCACCUUUGGCUGGGCAACAAGGAGAAGCUGAAAGGAGGUAGCUGGCGCGAGAUGACUCAGAGAAGCGUCGCCGAAAGCAUCUUGGGCAAACGCUCACGAGAAGAAGCCAUGUCCGAAGGGGAUGCCAGGGAUGCCGCAGAACAAAAACAUGAGUCAAUCGAGACUUCUGAUCUUCAAAGUGGCGCGGAGGAUGCGGAAGACGAGCACAGUGAGAUUGACAGUGACGAGGUACAGGGCAUCUUGGAGCGGGGACACCAUACCCAGGAAGUACUCGCCGAAUUAAGCAAGAUUGUUGCGUCGCAGGUCGACUACAAGAAUAUCUUCUGGCUGCGACGCUUUGUCGGCGACAAUUUUGCGCAGCAUGCGGAGAGGUUGCUUGGCGACAUUCGCCAUGUCGAGAGUACCGGCAGACGACGAGACGUGACAUGGCCGCGCAAUCGAAGUGAAGCAAGGCGCUCCCGGAAUACCAUGGGGUACCAAUCUCGCUGCGCGAGUUCUGAUGCAGCGCCUUCGGAAGGCUGA